CGCAGGCAGCCCCAAUCCGGGGCCAUCCCCGCCCCGCACCCUGCGGGGCUCGGCUGGGGGUGGAGGGGAGCACAUGGCCCCGGGUUCGCGGGCUUUUGUCCCGCUGCCCCGGGAAAAACCUCCCCAGCGCGGCUCUCCUUCCCCGCAGCGGGUCGUCCUGGGAUAGCCCACCCCCAGGAUCGUGUCCAGAGGAGAGAGAGAGACCCCCAGCCUCCAUUUAGUCCCUGCAGCUUCCAUUGUUUGAUAUUAAGGACCACCCCCCCUUCCCCAGCUGAUGCAGGGGGGCAUUGCCAGUCUUCAGGGGGUGCCUCUUGCCUCAAUCCUUCACGUCUGAGCAAAUAAUGCUGCACCUUGGUUUUUAGCCCUCCCCGCAAGCUGUGCGAUAUUCCCCACCCGCCAGCUGGGCUUCUCGGAAAGGACUUUGCCAUGCUGAAGAUACCUAGGGGAGUGUCUUCAGCUGCAGGAAGUGGGGGGUCCUGCUUUGCCGCUCUCCCCCCCCCACACCAGCAGCAGCCAAAGAAAGUCAUGCCUGUGAUGAGCCCGGCGGACUUGGGGACUUCCAGCCGGAGCAGCCCGCAGAUGCACGCCAUUGCGACCAGCUAUUUCAGCCAGUACCCCCAGACAGCAGCCGUGGUCCCCGCAGCCGGCGGCGGGUGCCUCUAUGCUACCCCUCAAGGACCUGAACUCAAAGCCAUCCGAUCUGCUUCUGCGGGAAGGCUGCCGGCCAAGAGGAAGCUUGAUCUGGAAGGGACCGGCCAGCCGGGCAUCCCCGAGUUCCGGACACCCAAGGGCAAGGACCACACGGUCACCCAGAUCGCCAGCCCCAAGACCCCCAAGUCCCCCGGGGAGAAGACACGGUACGACACCUCUCUGGGGCUCCUGACCAAGAAGUUCAUCCGCCUGCUCAGCGAGUCAGGCGACGGCGUGCUGGACCUGAACCGCGCGGCCGAGGUGCUGGAGGUGCAGAAGCGCCGCAUCUACGACAUCACCAAUGUGCUGGAGGGCAUCCAGCUCAUCCGCAAGAAAUCUAAGAACAACAUCCAGUGGAUGGGCACGGGGCUUUUCGAGGACACCUCUAUGGCGGCGAAGCAGCAGGCAAUGCGCCAGGAGCUGGUGGAUCUCUCCAAGUCCGAGAGGACCUUGGAUGGGCUCAUCCAGGACUGCACCCUCCAGCUGAAGCACCUGACCGAGGAUGGGACUAACCAGAGGCUGGCAUACAUCACCUACCAGGACAUCCACGCCAUGAGCAACUUCCAGGAACAGACGGUGAUCGUGGUCAAGGCCCCUCCGGAGACGAGGCUGGAGGUGCCGGACUGCCACGAGGAGAACGUGCAGCUGCACCUGCGGAGCACCAGCGGCCCCAUCGAGGUGUACCUGUGCCCCGAGGAGGUGGCCAAGGACAGUCCCGCCAGCGAGAGCCGGUUCCUCGAGCCCUCCCUCCAGGACAGCCGCAGUAGCACCGAGCCCUCUCCAGCCAAAGCGGCGUCCCUGACGGUGGCCCUGCCCGGCUCCCUGCUGGAGGUGGGGGACGGGCUGCUGGACUCCCCGCAGCCCUUGCUGCAGCAGACGGAGGACCAGCUGCCCUCCGCCUCCUACCUGGACUCGGUCCCCUUCGUCAGCUUCUCGCCACCCCUGGACCCGGAGGACUACCUGUGGGGGCUGGAGGAGGGCGAGGGGGUCAGCGACCUCUUCGACACCUACGACUUGGGCGAGCUGCUGCAGAACUGAGCUGGGGCCUCAUCCCUCCUCGGUGUGGUGCUAACGACCUCCCCGGCGCCCGGGGCUUUGCCUUGAAGUGUCUGCCUCCAGCCAGGGGCACUGAGACCUCGGGUGGGGCAUGGUACAUCCCCCUCCCGCCCCAGCCUCCGUCCUUGGUCUCGGGGGUGUUUCCUCACCCCCUGUGCUCGGCCUGUGCCGAGGGCAGCACAGACCACGUGUAGCUAAUGGUGCAAUGAAGGACCAAAGAGAUGCUCCCCAGCCCUGCACUGCGGGACCUGGACCGUGUCCAUCCUCCCCAAUGCCUCUGUCUUCUCCCCCAACUGGGGAGACUGGGACUGGACUGGAAGCCUGCAGGAGACCAGGGCUCUCACGGCAGAGUUUUGAAAGCACUGGGGGGCUGUGGAGCGCUGCACGGCCUUGCGGCACUGGGAGGUGGGGGUGAGCACCGCUGCUUAAUCCUGCUCAGGUCUGUGGUGGGGGUUGUGGGCACGGCUGGUGGCUUGGUAAAGUCCUCGGGACCCUGCAGUCGCUGGUGGGAGCUGGAGCAGCUGGGAGGGACCGGCAGCUUUGCACCAGGGGGUCUCGCAGCUCCCUGGGGGUCUGGCCGCUGCUCCUGCCCCGUGGUCUGGGUCUGAGCCCAACCAGGGAGUCACCUGGCUGGUGACUGCCACCAUCUCAGGCUUUGGCCGUGGCACCGUCAGCCAGCUCGGGCCCUCCUGGAAGGGCUGCGGCCUCCAGGGACUUUGCCGGUGACUUGAUCUGAUGCAUCGCCCAAGCUCGCAAGGAGUCAGGGCUGCGUCAGGGCUUCUGGGCAGCAGCCAGAGGCAGGACAGGACACAUGGCUCCUGGCUCCAGCUGUGCCCAAACCACCUCGUUCUGGGCAUGCUGGGCUCCCGGCAGCUGCUUUGUCCUGGUGCCCAUGCUGCCGGCUGCAUUGCAGACUGCUGCCAGGGGACCCUGGAGCUAGUAGCAGGUCUGUUGCUCCCAUGGGAAGGCUGGAUUUCCCUUCCCUGCCCUAGGGUCACUGUGGCUCAGGCUCGGUGAACCCGGAGGCCCCCGUCAUGGCAGGCUGGGCCGGGGCCCCUCGGAGACAGGCGGGGAGCAGGGUCUCUCGCCCUGCUUCCUUUAAGAGGUACAGUGUCUGCUUGGGGAGAGGCUUUUGCGGCAGGUCCUGCUGAUUUCCUGGUUGGGAUGGAGGGCCUGGGGGGACCCACACUGUCCCCCACAAACAAGCCGGGGACACGACUCCAACAUCCGGCUCGUUUCCGUGGCUUGGGUGGGAAGUCAUCUCAGUGCCGCAGGAUCGAGGGUGGCGGGGCAAGGCUCGGGGGGACCGAAGUAGACCUCACAGAAGGUACCAGCCCCCCGGGCUCUGAGCAGACGCUGGCCUCUGUCCUGAGCCAGGCAUGGAGACCCCUUGUGCACUGGGGACCCCCGAGUUAUUAACUCUUAACUCUGCUCCGUGAGCGAAUGCAAAAGCAGCCUGGGAGGUGGGCACAGCCUGGCUGCGUCCUGAAGGUGCUUCUUGGUGGGGUCCCAGCCGCUGGUCCCCUCCUCUCCCAUCACCUUCGGUGCAGGUGUGGGCCGCGCUGCCCUUUUGCCUGGCUCAGAGCAAGGUCUGCGCUCGUCGCUGUGCUACCCUGUCCUCUGCAAGGCAGUGGGGGAAGCUGCUCCUGGCACCGAGCCCCUGGCCCUGCCUGCACCCACCAUCAGCCGAGGGAGGCAGGGGAUGCAAGUGUCUAACAACACGAAUGCACUAAUACAGGUUCAGGGCUCCCAGGACUCGGCCACCCGAGCUUACCCUGCUCGCGAGGCUUUGAUCCAGCUGAGAUUGAGCGGUGCCGCAUGGGAGCACUUUGGGUACACCCGGCCCCUUCCAAAGCUCUGGGUGAGGCACGCGGCUGUAGCAGGCAUCGGUGGGCCGAGUUCAAUUGAGACGGAGCCAGCUCAAGUGAUUUAAACCCCCACCUUCAAAUCCCCCAUUUGGACAAAGCCAAAGUGGUGCAAAACCAGACUGAAUGGGCCAGGGGAAAGAGCAGCGCAGGGAAGCUGGCCUGCAGGGGCGGGGGGGAAAUAAGCGUUCUCAUCUAGUUUUUAUGUUUGAAGCACACCUCUGUGCAGAAACCCGGUGUGCUCUGAGGGCGGAGAGCAGCCCUCGCUAAUGCCUGCUGCCACGGCAGGGUUUGAGUUGGGACCUGGUUCGCUGUCAUCCUGUUUGCAGAAUGAUUCUCUGGCAUGGCCUGCCUUCCUCGGAGAGGCUUUUCCACUGCAAUUUGGGUGGAUCAUCGCUCUUAGCGGAGCUCAGGGAGGUCUUACCGAUUCGGGGAUGUUCGGGGGUCAAGGCAGGUGUGAAGUGCCCAGUGCUGUGAGCGUGUCGCUCUGGUCCCCCUGUAUCGACACGCUUUGAGGAACCACUGGCGGUUGUGAAAGCGUCCAACACCUCCUAGUUUCCCCUUGCGUGCUCUUUCCCCUCUGAAACCCUUUGAGGAUUGCGAUCCGGGCCGUGCAGCUGCCUUCUGUCUUAACGUUGUGAAACUGUACGUAAUUAUUGCACUGUAUUUAUAAUGGAAACCACCUUCUUCCACGAGGGUUGUUUUCAAAGGUGGCCGUAUUUAAAGUGUCCCUGGGGUGGGUCUCCUGCAUGGGGCUCAGCUGCGUUGUGGAGGAGACCGUGUUUAUUCAGGAAAUGUGUGACUUGUGAUGUUUUGUGAGGGGGGGGUGGAAAUAAAACUUGUUUUUCUGCUGAUAGUUUUCUUGAAAA